CCCAAAGCUCAAGGAUGGUUAAGCAAAAGCACCACACCGGGCGCAACGCCACCUUCAAGGACCACGUCAACGGCAUCAAGAAGGCGCCGAACCACAAGUACAAGAGCAUGAAGGGGAUGGACCCCAAGUUCCUCCGUAACCAGAAAUUCGCCAAGAAGUACAACGGUUCCAAGCGAGUUAAGGCGGAGGAAUAAGUUAUCUCUCUCGCUCUGUUGCUUUCCGACUGUCCGCCGAAGGGCGGCAGACGUAUGCCCUACAGCCUUAAUCGUGCGGGGCGUUCGUAGGAGAUGAGCAUCACGGGGGGGGGGGGGGGCCCUGGGGCUUUUCCCUAUUUUUUCCCCGUUUUUUCGGAAUGGGGGGGGUCUGGGCCGGGAAAAAAAGGGGGGGUUGAAAACGGUUUUAUUGUCCCCCCAUCCCCCGUUUUUGCGGGAGUCUUGUUUCCCUUCCUUUUUGCCAAAAUUUCCUCUGGGAGUGCCUGCCUCUAAAGCAGAGUGGCUGGCUUCUGCCGUUUGGGUUUGAGGUCGGUUUUUCUGUCGUGGGUUGGUUCAGGGGGACGGUUGUGGUAGAUUGUUGACUGCGGCAGCGCUUGUACGGGCUCGAGAGUCGAGCGUGACUCGUUUAAUUCCAACAUUCCUUCACCGAAGAGGGUUCACUGCGGCUUUUUUUGUGUCGUUUCGUGUCGAAGCGGAGGCAUGAAGGCAUUGGUUUUCCCGCAUCAGCGUCAUUGCCUUACCAUCUACCUAUGCAGUGGUGUGUGGCGUGAUGUUUCGGCCGCUACCAGACGGGACGAAGGGCGUGCCGAACACGAUACAUUGC